CUCUCUUAACGUGUUCCCACAUAGUCGAUGAUUUGGCUCCCAAUUGAUAUUCCCAGACCCUCUGCCCGUACUUCGGACAUACUUCUUCCUCGCAGUUGCUCGCCCAUUCGUAAACGGUCAACUACUGAGCAGAUACAGACAGCUAUUCAGGAUCCGUGUGGGUUAUCUAGUCAGACCUCUUAUCCUCUGGCGACAUAUCCUGGCCAAUCUGCUAUCCUCCCCGUGUCGCUUCCGUCAUCCAGGUCUCAAUGUGACGGUAGACCAGAUUCAGUGUACACACUGUGGGAUGUUCGGUACUUGAAUGUAUCAGUGUGGUUGUCGGAAACAGAAAAAUAUGAUCUAAUAAAAAGUGAUGAUG